AUGUCGACUUCUGAAAUACCCUCUAUCAAGGUGCUCCCCGAGACGCAAACUGUUACUGCUUCAUCGCCCGACCUCUCUUCCAAGACACCCGUACAAAAUGUAUGCGAGCAACCCGCACAACCAAAGCCUGCUUACACAGCGAUCUCACAAUCGCGUCGACGGUUCAUUCUCGGAAUAAUCGCAGUUGCAGGAAUAUUUGGUCCCCUUGCAGGAAACAUUUACCUACCUGCUUUGCCGGUAAUGGCCCGGCAGUUUCACAAAACAGAGACAGAGAUUAAUGUCACGGUAACAGUAUUCAUGGUGGUGUUUGCUUUUGGACCCUUAGUUUGGUCAAGUUUCGCAGAUUGGAAAGGACGCAGACCGCUCUAUAUCAUCUCCAUCCUGAUCUAUAUUUUGGCGAAUGUGCUUCUUGCGGCCGUUCCAGCCAAUUAUGGCGCACUAGUUGUCCUUCGAGUGGUGCAGGCUUUCGGAUCGUCUGCUGUUGUCUCUCUGGGAGCUGGCACAGUAGCGGAUCAAUCUCGGGUGCUACUUUGUGGCUUGUCCUCGUCUUUGCGCUCCCGGAAACUCUGCGUGCACGUGUGGGGAAUGGGAGUGUAUACACCGACAAAAGCUGGCUUCUUCUUCCUCCCAAGCUCUCCUCUGAUCUGGUUCCAGAGUCGGAGAGAGGGCCUCCUCCUCCCAAGCCCACCUUGA